ACCUUUACCCACCCCUGGGAUUUGCAGUGCAUAAAGUCCCGCUCUCCUUCCCCAUCCUUGGAUCAGGGGCCCUUCUUGCUUCUUAAUGGUGGCUGCUGGGAUGGAGCCUCUGGGGACGGCCACCAUUUUCCUGAUCGUCUGUCUCUCCUGCCUUGUUCUUUCCUCCAUUUGGAAGAGCGGGAUUUGGAGGAAAGGGAAGCUGCCCCCGGGACCUUUUCCUUUGCCCAUCAUUGGGAAUGCUCUGCAGCUGAAGGCCCACCAUUUCCCCCAGGCUCUGCAAAAGCUCAGUGAGAAGUAUGGCCCCGUGUUCACACUGCAUUUCGGAGCGGAGCGUGUUGUGGUCCUGCAUGGCUACGAGGCCAUCAAAGAAGCCCUGAUCGACCGGGCCGAGGAGUUUGUCGCCCGGGGGAAAAGGCCCUUUGGUGACAAGAUCAGACGAGGGAACGGGUUUACCAUAGAAGCCUAGAAUCCUAGGGUUGGA